GUUCCUGCAGACUGGCGUAUUGUUUGCCUUCAGUAGUUGACGCUAUUAGUGUUUUACGAAAUCAUGAUUUAUGUCCAAGCUAAAUGUGGCAAGAAUUUAAUGAAGCAUUUAAGGGUUUGCAUAUGCGAAAGUACAAUGACUGCAAUGGAACAUAUUGCAUUGUAUGCAUCUACACAGGAUCUGUAUUGGUAGUUUAUUGUAUAGCAGUGGACCGCUCGAGGAUCGUAUUAGAAAAAUGGACUUGAAAAUUUAAAGCGAGGGAAAUGUCUUCUGCUGGGUCACUUUUUCCUGCGACUGAAGUAUCGUACGCAAACCCGCCCGAAGAGCCGUGCGUGUUAAAGUACCGCUUCCGUGAUGGGGAGGUGUACUGGCCCAGAUCGAAUCUGCCUGUCGGAUUAAUGACGAGGAGCGGUGUGUCGGUUAGCCUGGGUCCUGGAUACGGUUUUUAGCUGGUUCCCCACAUCCCACUAGGCUACAACUGAUGCUUCGGGUACCUGAAACUUUAUUGGCUGGGCUUUUGCAGUAGGGGCGUCAGCAUCGAAAAGUGUGCCGUACCCUGAUGGUAAUUUCAAAGUUGUGGUAUCCCACAAUUCUGAUACUAUUUUCUUUGAUCCACACUCAUUUUUACAAGUGUCACCAAUUGUAGUUGAAGAUCUGUCAGAUGUAGUAGGCUCUGAGGUGACAGCCAUUGCUUUUUCUCCUCUUUUGGCUACAAAAUGAUGGUUAUUAACUACAGAGACUGAGAAACCCAAAAAUUUGUCAGAUGUGGAACUACAGAGACUGGUUUUCUCUACCCGCUCGAUGUUUUAAAUCGAAAACAAUAAAAAUUCAUUUUCUACAAACACGAACCAAUUCGGAGAGGUUGACACCCGUGAACAUUAAUAACCUGCCCACAUGUCGUCUCCUCGUGUUCCCGUCAAGGAAGAACCACUGGACGCUUUCACAGCGGCCGACACGGAUCCUGUAUGCAUCAAAAUUGAACCGGAACACGAUCAAUGUGCAGCUACACUUCCAGUCCCAGAAGCGACAAAAAUUAAGGUAUUUCAUUUGGAAGGUUUGAAGAGGGAAUGGAUUGAAGACAAUGUGAAGAAAUGUGGCUGGGAUGAAGCUCAGGUGUGUGAAAAAACAGCUCCAGAGACAGAUGGGGUUAAGUUACACGUGUUUGAGAAAGCAGCUGCAGAGAAAGAUGUGGUUCACGUCAAAAGAGGGCCGUGUAAGCUGUGCAUAUCAGAGGAUCCUGUAUGUAUCAAAAUUGAACCGGAACAUGAUCAAUGUGCAGCUACACUUCCGGUCCCAGAAGCGACAAAAAUUAAGCCAUUUGAUUUGGAAGCUUUGAAGCAGGAAUGGAGCGAAGAUGAUGUGGAGGAAGAUUUCUGGGACGUGGCUCAGGUACCUGAGAAAGCAGCUGUAGAGAGGGAUGGGGUUAUGUUAAAGGUGUGUGAGAAAGCGGCUGUAGAGAAAGACGGGGUUCGUGCCGAAACACCCAAAGCAGCACAGUCAUCUGAGCAGUGCGUACAGCAGGGACUGGAGAGUGCAAACACAACAGUGGACACUGUAAGGUUUAUUGUGCAAGGCCAGGAUAGGCCUCCUCCUAUCGACAAAUGUACCUCGGUACGCACCAGAAUUGACGGGACUGCAGGCACACGAGGGAUCGGUGGCGGCCAGCAGGUACGCGAGAGGAACAAAAGGAACACGCGCGUACUGUCGGUAAAGGUAGUGUUCGCACAGAGGCGGGGUCGAGUCGAUACCCCCGAGGAGACCCGUCCCGCACCGAGCGCCGCGGUAAGUGACGGGAGGCGCGGGGAAGCGUCCGACAGCGGUCGUGGCUGUGACCCGGUCGACGGCGGUCGCGAGGUACCGUCCCGGUCGGGGGGCGACGCGGCUCCACCUGCCGGACGCGAGACGUACACGUGCGACGACGGGGAGCCCCCGAGUACGCCCGCACGGAGGCACCGGUGGACCUGCGAGACGUGCCACGCGCCCUGCCGCAGCUUCCACGAACUCAGGGUGCACUGCUGGAAACACCAGGGGAAGCAGGUCUACGGCUGCGACCACUGCACCAGGAAGUUCGCACGCCGCAACAGCCUGAAGCGCCACUCGCUCCAGCACAUGCUGCUGUGGCCCUACGAGUGCGGCGUGUGCUACAGGCGGUUCGUCAACAACACCCACCUGGCGCACCACUCGCUCGCGCACGAGGGCAGCCGUCCCUACCAGUGCGACUCCUGCGGCAGGACGUUCUCGCGGAGCAGAGACUGUAAAAUGCACUACCGCGCGUGCGUCGGCGAGCGGAUCUACUGCUGCGACGUCUGCGACAAGAAGUUUGCCAGCGAGAGCGGCCUCCGGCACCACGGGCGCCUCCACUCCUUGCGGCAGUGUUGAGACCGUCUCUCUGCACCGUCGGGAAGGCGACUGGGGGGGAUUCUGCCGACGGUGCGAAAAUGCGCCCUCGUGAACCUGCCGUGCGUGUUCGCACUGCAACAUUCCCUUUCGUAUAAUCACUGUUGUAACAAUAAGUCUGUAGUAAAGUCAAAUUGUACCGAACUAAUGAACUACUUCGACAGAAAUAAUCGAUUUUUGAAAACACGAUGCCAUCGGUUAUAUAAAAUAAUCUCGCCGAGUGGCAGCAGGCGAACACGCGUAUAAAAAGUAUUACAGUUUGCGAGCUUUAAGAGCCAGUGACUCCUUCUGCAGCAGGGUUGAAGGGGAAGCGAGAGGGGUGAAGGAAAGGGACCUGUGAGGUUUGGGAAAAGGGGCAGUGUUUGGAAAAGUUGCCCAGAAGCCCGGACCGGCGGAUUCUUGACAGGUGGGAUGAGAAGGGAAGACUCAUUGUUGGGGACUUCCAGCACUACAAAAGAUGUAGGAGCAAGCUGUCAGUUAAUAUAGGUGGUACAGACAAAUAAACGAGUGGAGUAGCUCAUAAUCUAGAAAACAGACAGCAGAGACAGACAAGAGGGUUACAUAAAGGAGGAACGGUGGCCACACGGGCUAAUAUAUCGACGGAAAUAAUCAAUUUUUGAAAAUACAGUGUAAUUGGAUAGAUGAAAUACUCAUCAAGCAGUGGCGAGAAACUAAAAUUAAAUUGAGGUCCGCCCGAACGGGCCACAAAGGCACCGAUCGGCCGCCGUGUCGUCCUCGGCCCGCAGGUGUAUUUUGAUGCAGAUACGGAGGGGCACGUGGUCAGCACACGACUCUCCCCGGCCGUACGUCAGUUUACGAGACCGGUGUCGCUAUUUCUCAGUCGAGUAGCUCCACAGUUUGUCUCCCGAGUGCCGAGUGCACUCCGCUUGCCGACAGCCCUCUGCAGACCGGACGGUGCCCCGUCCGAAUGCUAUUCCGGCCCGCCGAUCUGUCUGGAAGCGGUAUUACUAUUGCAGCGAGGCCGUCGGCUGUGGCAGGAAACACACGUAUAAAAACUAUUACAGUUUGCAAGCUUUUGGAGCCAGUGGUGAAGAAAGAGUCUUUCCUUCUCAUCCUGUUUGCCAAGUCUCCCCUGACACGGGGUUCUGGCCAACUCUUCUGAAUUCUGCCCCUUUUCCUCAACCCUCACCAGUCCUUUUCCUCGACUCCUCUUCCCCCUCAACCAGAACAAGGAGCCACUGGCUCUGAAAGCUCGCAAACUGAAAUGCCUUUUAAAUGCGUGUUCUCCUGUUGCGACUUGGCGAGUAGCUUUUUAUCUAUCCAAU